AUGAUCCGGGACCGACAUGCGAGCCGCGCAAGUUUUGCAUGCGUGCGUUGCAAAAAAGACAAGAGACGGUGCGACAUCUCUCAGAUUCUGAGCUCGGGGGACCGACUGGACCGAUCCUGCACGUCAUGUCGGAACAAGAACGAAAAGUGCGAGGUCCGGUACGGUGAGGACAAGCGCAGCCAACGCCAACCGAACGAAACCAAGGCAUUACAGCGGCGGAUGCAGGCGCUAGAGGAACUUGUCAAGAAUGUUUCCCGGUCCGAGGUGGCCAGCAAGAACUCGGAGCCUCCUACGCGGCACAAGACGGACGAUGACUCGGAUUGUCUAAUGGAACAGACACGGCGGACUGCCAAAGACUAUCAGGAUGAGACGACACGCGCUUUUCCGAGCCCUGCCAACUCUUCAAGUCCAGGGAAUCGUCUGACGACGAUAUCGAUCUCACCACCGGAGGGAGGAGAGUCCAAUUGGGCUGGAAUUUUGCAGCAGGAGCCUCUUCCCACCUCACAAUCACAUCGAUCAGUCUCCUUCUCAGGGCAGAACAGACCAAAGACCGACGACAUCACACAUAAUGCCCUUCGAUCCAUCUCCUUCUCGGGUCCAAGCAGGCCAGAACUCGACUGUGUCAACGAGGGCUUUCCUCCCGUCAUGGAAGAGGUUGGGACUCCCGAUAGCAUGCAUGACUUUGACCAAUUCCUAGGCUCCUCGACCCUGUUCCCAUACUCAGAGAACCAGACCCGCUCGAGAAGCCCGCGCAGUGAAGGUCCAUCUUUUGAAGAUGACUCAAGUAGACGAGCCCGCGGCGCCCUCGAGUGUUUCCCCGAACCAGAGCCCAUCGUGUCCCAUCUGCUAGACCUUUUCUGGAAAUGGCAGUCAUCCCAUCUUCUCGUCGUUGAUCGUGCAUUGUUUCUUCGUCAUAGAGAAAUCUGGGACGAGAGCGAGGGAGACAAGGGUGAUCGAAACUACUACACUCCAUGUCUUCUGUAUGCGAUUAUGGCCGUGGCGUCGAUGAUUAGCCUCGACAAAGGGGUCGUGCGCUACUCUACUUUUGCGGGUGGUGUUGCUGGAGAGACUUUUGCGAAGCGAGCGCGCACAAUGUUUGAUCUAGAGAUGGACCAUCCUACCAUCGCGACUGUCCAGGCGGCGUUGAUUCUUGGUUCUCGAUAUGGGGCCAUGGAGGAUAACUCUCUUGGUUGGAUGUAUAGCGGCAUCGCGUUUAGAAUGGCGACCAAGCUGGGGCUACACCUGGACUGUUCUAAAGCCGUGGCAUCUGGCCAAAUGAGCUCGGAGAUGGCCGAACUUAGGCGGAGAGUCUUUUGGGGUUGCCAUAUUGAAGACAAUCUUUUCAGCGCUUACUGCGGCCGUCCCAACUCCUUCAUGGAGUGGGACGUCACCGUUUCUAUGCCUGAACGGCAAAUCGAGGGCAUCGACAAACAAGACUCUGAUCCCACCUCCUCCCUUUUACAUCACACUUCGACGCUCUCAGUGUUAUGUUCAAAGAUAUUAAUCAGCAUUCAUCGCCAAAAGCGUCAUCUUACGACAAGUGAGCUGAGGUUGAAAGCCUCUCAAAUUCACAGGGCGUUGUGGCAGUGGCACCAUGAUUUACCAAAGACUCUGAUAUGGUCCAGUGACUCAAACAUCCUGGCACAGCCCCAUGUCUUCAUCUUGCAAAUGAACUUCUAUUUCGCCCUCAUUCUACUCCACCGCCCGUUCCUCCGAUUCUCUUCAACAUCUCUCGACAUCGACAGCAUGAGCCCAUCAACUCCAAACUCUGCACACGCAUGCGCCACAGCGGCAGCAAACAUCACAAAACUCGCGACUACAUACAGGCGGUCUUUCAACAUGAGACAGCUGCCCCCGUCCGUCGUCCAUUUCAUCUUCAUCGCAGGCAGCAUCCAUCUCCUCAAUCUCCGCGCAGGGCAAUCAGGAAACCACGACGUCCUCCUCCAGAGCUCUACUGAAGCCCUGUCCGAGCUCGGAAAGUCGUAUCCCGUGGCACAGAAGGCUGGAUUCGAGCUGGAUGGCCUGAUUGAGAAAUGGAGGUUGGCGAAGGAGGCCGAGAAGAGAGCUGCUGAGACGAGCAGGGCGGCACAGGAGGUUGAGAAUCACAUCGGCCCUGGCUGUGCGGUUCCACCAGGGGUGUCUGGGUUUAUGGAUAUUGAUUUUUCUCCGCUGGAGGAAAUUGGGGAGUUUAUGGAUAUGAAAAAGGGCCAGCAGCCUGUCACGAAGUCUGUGUUUGAUAUGCCGGCUGAUAUCGGCUUCAAUGAACAGCUGUCGCUAGACCAAAACGGUAAUGAUUGUAUUUUUCUUGGGCCGGAAUGGCUUCACAAUGGGGCAGAAUUUGAAAAUAUGGAUGGCAACGGCUGUCCUUGGCUGUAUAAUUAA